AUGUCGGGAAGACCGCGUAUGGAGAUGGUGCCAUCCGGUGCGCUGCCAUCAUACGACCGCUUUCAGCGACACAAUGCAGCACCCGUGGACGAAGCCAAUUUGAGCAUUGCUCAACGCCUUGUGCUAGAGAAUAAGAAGCGUGCCCAGAACUCAGCGCGACGUCGUAACACGCUAGAAGUUGUGGCUGCACUUAAGCACACUCCUGUGGAAAUUGGUGCCCACAUUUGGGUUCCUGAUCGCGAACGUGUGUGGCGCGUGGUCGAGAUCGCACGCUAUGAACCGGCCGACGAUCCUGAGCAGGGCAUGACUCUGAUUGUCAACAGCAAGUAUGGCCAGGAGAGGCUGGAUAUGCGUGACAUUGGCGACCUUUACAAGGUCAAUCCGCGUGUUGUGGACGACAUGACGGGUCUAUACUACAUCCAUGAGGCAGGAAUAUUGGAAAACCUUUACAUACGCUCAAAAAUGGAUAAUUUGCGUCCGUACACGCUGAUGGCUAAUGUGCUAGUUGCUGUUAAUCCACUCGUUCGCACAGUGGAACCCAAAGUGACGGAUUACAUUAAGACGCAAAUGGGGGACCGUCCGCCACACCCGUACGCUAUUGCAGAAGUAGCAUUUCAGCAAAUGGCAUUGCGUACCCUCGCGCAAUGCCAGUCAAUCGUCAUCUCUGGGGAAUCAGGUGCUGGGAAGACUGAAACGUCCAAGAUUGUACUGCGAUACUUAACAUCACGUGAACAUUUGGCGUUUGCAUCUAGUAAAGGCAACAAUGCUCAGCAAGAUAUUGCACUGGAAUUAGACAAGCGACUCUGGGACACAAAUCCCAUACUCGAAGCGUUUGGUAAUGCCAAGACAUUGCGUAAUCACAAUUCAUCACGAUUCGGUAAAUUUAUGAAGCUGCAGUUCAAGCCUGGCGAUAAUACGCUUACGGGUGCAUUUGUUGAAACGUACUUGCUGGAAAAGUUUCGUGUCGUGGCCCAAAUUCCUGGCGAACGCAAUUUUCAUAUUUUCUAUUUCCUACUUUCUGGAGCGAAUCAAGCGCUGGCAAAAGAGUUGAAACUUGAACUAGUGGACAAGUUUGCAUAUUUGAAUCAAAGUGGAUGCGUGUCGGAUCCAAAUGUGGAUGAUGAACUAUUGUUUGAUGAAGUGACGAGUGCUCUUGGGUCUGUUGACAUUGAUGCUGCUUUGCAGAAACAAGUUUGGACUGUACUUUCGGGUCUGUUGCAUCUUGGUAACAUUCGACUUAAAGACCGUGAGACAGCGGAGGGUGACGCGGGAGAAGUGACACCAGAGGCGCAACGAUAUGUUGCCUCAUGCGCUGAACUUCUAGGUGUGGACAGCUCAAAUCUGUUGGAUGUUAUUUCAACGCGUGCAAUUUCAACACGGACGGAAAAUUUUACUAUCAAAAGGACUGCAAAAGAAGGAAGUUAUGUCCGUGACGCCAUCGCAAAGUCCAUAUACAAUCAUUUGUUCAAGUGGAUUUUAUAUAAAAUUAACACUUCACUCGGUCACGGUGACAGUUCACUUCCAUUCAUUGGUGUGUUGGACAUUUUUGGAUUUGAAUCAUUUGAAGAAAACGACUUUGAGCAAUUGUUGAUCAACUACGCCAAUGAAGCGUUGCAAGCUACUUUUAAUCAGCAAGUUUUUAUUGCAGAACAGGAAUUGUUUGCUGCUGAAGGUAUUGAAGUGGGUAAGAUUAUGUGGCCGGACAAUCGGGAAUGUAUCGAUUUGAUCUCGCAAAAGCCUAAUGGUAUUCUUCCAUUAUUGGAUCAAGAAGCCAAGAUGCCCAAACCAACUGAUGACAAGUGGAACGCCAUGUUGCACAAGACCCACGUGAAUCAUUCACACUUCUUGCCACCUCAUGAAAAAGAUAAAAAAUACGUGUUUAUCGUCAAACACUUUGCUACACGCGUACCAUACACGAUCGGUAACUUUAUUGACAAAAACAACGAUACUAUUCCCAAAGACCUUGAGGACUUUGUAACUUCCAGCAAGUCUUCGCUCAUUAAAGAACUGUUUUCGUCUAAAUUGGACAUUAACACUAUGAAUCAGCAUAAACAGAGUGUCUCGGCAAAGUUCUGUGAUCAAAUGCAAGAGCUUACAGACACGCUGAACGCGACGCGUUGUAACUUUAUCCGAUGUAUCAAGCCUAAUCCGACCAUGACACCAGGUGUCUUUGACCACGGAUACGUCGUCGACCAGUUGCGUUGUUCGGGUAUGCUUGCAACGUGUGAGCUGCUCAAGGUUGGACUGCCUACGCGCGUAUCCUAUGACGAAAUUUGCCGAAUUUACAAGCCCGUGCUGCCGCCGUCCGUCACACCAAUGUUUAACGCGUACAACGACCGUACGUUUACGGAAGCGGUACUGUGGUCUUUCCGGGUGGAGCCAGACGCUUAUCGUCUAGGACGGACGAAGGUCUUUUUCAAAACGGGCAAAAUUGCGCUGCUUGACGCCUUACUAAAGGUGGAUAUGAAGAAAAUGGGGCCGUGGAUUGUUGCCCGUCUUCGAAAGUGGCUGGCACGACGUCGAUGGCGUUACGCUUUAGCAAAGGUGCUCGCACAACGUGCAUUCUUGAAACUUUUGGAGGAUACGAGAAGGCGCAAGGCAGCUAUUGUCAAAUUACAGGCGGUAAUGCGUAUGUUUGCCGUCCGAAAGCAGUUUAUUCGAUCGCGGAAUGCAUAUCGUCACCGCAUGCGCCGCAAGUUUUUGGCCCGAAAGCACUGGAAAAUGGCAAUUGGUGGUGUCCUAGCUACUAAUGCCUUCAAGAAACUCUUGCAGCAAACUCGCGAGCGUAUGAGGGCCAAAAAUGCCGAGCAGAAUGCGGCAGCAGUGAAGAUCCAGUCGAUUGUGCGCGGCAAGUUUGGCCGCAAACAGGCCGAAAAGCGUCGUGCGCAGGUUGAGGAUGAAAAAAUGCGGAAGAGGCUACUGGAGGAAGCUGCUCGUAUUGAAGCGGAAAAGAAGAAUUCGGCCAAAAAACGCUGGCUUACGGCAUAUUAUACCAUCCAAGCACAACGUCACUUCGUGCAUCGAUUGCACCACAUUCGCAAAGCCCGUUUGGCUGUUGAAGAGGCUCGGCGACUUGCUGCUGAACAGGAGCGAUUGCGACUCCAGCGUGAGGAAGAUGAGCGCCAACGACGCAUUCAAGAGGAGGAAGACGAACGUGAGCGUCAACGCCUGCUAGAGCAACGGCGUGUCGCUGCUGCUACAGCUAUUCAAAAUGCUUACCGUCGGUCGGUCGGCCGCGAGGAGGCCAAGCGCCAGGCUGCUGUGGAACGUGCUCAAGCCGCUUCCCUUGCUGCUGCCAUGGCUGCUCAAGAUGCUGCUGCCGCCGCGCAGGAUGCGUCCGUGGCACAUGAUGCAGAGGCUGCUGCUUUGCGAAAGCUAAGUGCUUAUGAUGAGGCCCAAAGAAAAGUGGCUUUAGCUGGCACGCUAGGAACAGCUCCCGCUCUUGGUACGCUCGGUGUACAUGGAGCUGCUGGUAGCGGACCGGCUACGCUGGGAUCAGUGCAGCCUUUGCAGGCUGCCGCCGGACAGGUUGGCCAGAUUGGCGCCAUCGGUUCGAUGGGUGUUGCCGGUGCCAUGGUGGGACAGGAGUCGCUCCAAAAUGCUGACAUGAGCUGGGUUGCUGGUGACAAUGCGAAAGUUGAAGGUGAAGCCGUCGCGGGUGAUGCCCUGCGCCAGGAGCAGCUUGCACAGGCUGGUCGCGACCUAUUCGGUGAAGGUGGUGAGGCUCCUGCUGGUCCGGUCAUGUCAGCUGAUGAUGAAAAUUUGAUCAACCCGGUAGAAAAGAUUCAAGACUUUCCAACAGGUCCGCCAAUCCCGUACAAGGGCGGCAUUCUCACGUGUACGAUGUUGGGCCACCGUAAACAGCAGGAUCAAAAUUGGGGUGAUGAGUACACGGAGUACGUGCUGCGUGUGACGUGGGGCCGUGAUAUUUUGGAGCAAUCAAAAACUGCUUGGCUCGUAGGUGGUCGCUACAACGACUUCAACGCGCUUCACCAAGAAUUGAAAGCCGCAGCUUCCGGUCGCCGUGGUAAACGAGCGCCAUGGUUUCCGCGUUUUCCCAAGCGCCACCCAUUUUCAUCCAUGAUGGGUAAAAACCAAGAAGAGAAAUUCAUUAUCAAGCGUGAAAAGGAGAUGAAUCGCUACAUGACACAAGUGUUGACGCAAAUGCCAGAUGCACUCCUGAAUAUUCACUUGGAUCGGUUCCUUAACCUUACGCUUCGUACUCAAGACAUCUGUGAGCGUGAAGCGUAUGCAGAGGCACGCAAGCGGUGGGAAGAGGAAGAGCGCGAGGCGUUGGCUAAUGCAGCCGAUGCGGAGCCGCUGAACGAUGCAGACUUGCAAGAGGUCGAGCAAUUGGUGCACCAAUUGUUGCAAAAAAUUAUCUACGCAGCAGGCGACGUCCGCCAGGACACGGAAUUGCAGGAAAUGAUUCACGCUGUCAAAGUGUUGCAGCCACGUGUGGCGGCUUCCGCUCAAAUUGGUGGUAAAGUCAACGUGGAGCUUAUACCACUGGCUAUGCAGUUGCAAGAUGACAUCCAAGAUGCAUUUAACCAGUACAACGACACGCUGCUGGCACUGCGACUCGGCCAGGAUCUCAACUAA